CAUUGUCCCAUCCCUACUCUAUAUUGGGCGGACGGUCAUACAAGCCGCGACUGGCCGGGCGCCCGCCAGCUACGAACGAACGAACCUUCUACACGCGACCGUGUUACCCCAAACGUGUUUAGUGUUAUUAGGAUUUUAUUACUAUUUAAGUUGGAGGUUACGUCCUGUGCACGCACUCACUAGAUCAUCAACGAAAUGGCUGAAAACGGAUACGGGCCCACGCCCGCUGGUCACAUCGGCAGAAUCCCAAACUUCGGCAAAACACAAGUAAAUCAAUUUGGAAGUAAUGAACCGCCAGCAUGCAUACAAAACGCCAUGAUGACAAAGGAUAAAAAGCCAUUUACCUACACUCCUGGGGGUUUAGAUUUGUCUCAGAUCAGAACGCCAAGUAUGGCUCGACGAAUGGCACGACAGCGAUCAUUAGAAGAACAGGAACAACCGUACGGAUGUAUGACACAGGGAAAUGGAAACUAUCAACCUCAAGGUGGUCCAGCACCACCACCUCCACCGCCAAUGAAAAUCCCAGCCCCACCUCCACCUCCCCCACUCGUUAUAGAAGCUCCUAAUAACAAGUCUCCGAAACCGCCAGCACUAGGAGAACGACCAGAGAUAGUAAUACCUCAAAAUCCAAUAGGCAUGCUCAGAAAAACAAACAGCCCAUAUCACUGGGAAGCUGAAAAAGCUGAACUACAACGCAUAGGCCCUGUGCCUAAAUUUCUUGAAAAGGUUCCAAGUCCAUUAACUGUUAAGUUACCGCAAAAUAUUCCACAGAGCUUUGGAUCGCCACAGAAUAAUUAUCAACGACCUAACACAUAUGGAAAUCAGUAUCACUCUCCUGACAGUCCUCUUCAUAGACCUGAGGCACAAUAUGGUAACCAAAAAAGCAUGUCACCAGGAGUAAAUGGCUCACCACCUACAAGAGAACUUCUCCUUCGCCAAGAUUCACUGUUUAAUAAAAGCCCACAACCUUAUGCCAACCAACCACCAUUGGUCAGUGGCACACCUUAUUCCCCGACUCCUAAUAGUCAUUGGCGUCAACCAGAAAAAAGAGAUUCACCUGCAAAAACUAAUCCACAAUCACCGCAAGUAAACCGCGGGCCGUUUUCGCCAAAUAACCAACAAAAUACACCUAUUUAUAAUCAAAAUCCACAAAUGAACAACGUUUGUCACACACUGCCAAGAGUGGCACAGAGGAAUCAAGAUGUACAAAAUUCGAUAAAUAAUGUACCAAAUGAUUACAAUCCUAACACAAGCAAUGAAAAUCCUCAAUAUACUGAAGCCCCAUGGCGUACCACCACUUUAAAUAGAUACCCACGCGAACCUCAGCAGAAGGCAUACAAUAAUCAAAAUGAACCUCAGGCCUACUCACCACCAUGGAGAAGCAACGAUGUCAAUAAUAAUCAAUCCGAAAAUAAUUUACACGGAGGUUUGCCGUGGAAGCGAGAUAGUAGAAAUACGAAUCAAGUAAACGAAAGAGUGCAAAAUAAUCCUUCUAGGGUAAAUCAAGAAGCAAAUAGAGGGCCAAGUAAUCACUCAGCUCCUUGGAGAUCACAGGAAACAGAAAGAUCUGCUCCCAAUUCUCCGCCGGAAACGAGAUAUCAAUCGUCAAUAUCAAUUCCUGUUUCACCCCGAAAACAGCCCCCACCACCUCAAUAUAACAAUAGUCCAUCUCAAAAAGAAGUCGUUUACGUUAAUGAAGAACCUGUAUAUUACUGCCCCGAGAGUCCGAAGUCGAUGCCUCCAUGGGUAAAAUCACAGAAAGAAAAAACCAAAACACCGCCUCCUGCAUGGUGCCAGAGGCCUUUAGAUGGGACCAAAAUAUCGCCUAGAGAACUUGAAACUCCUCCAAGAGACGCAAACCAAGAACCGGAAUGGGUAAGAAAGAGUAACGAAUUGCAAAGAGGAGUACGUGACGUUGUCAGCCCUCCAAAAUAUCAACAAACGACACAACCUAAUUGGUCAACCAAGCCUUCAGAAAAUAGGAAAAGUCUUCCACGUGAUAAUACUCCACAGCAACCUUCAAGUAGAAUUAUACCAAUACAGAUGGAAGUCUCCAGUACUGAAACAAGGAACAGACAACAAGGAAAUCAACAACCUCAGUUAAGGAUAGUUAUUGAUAUGAAUCAAAAUCCUAUUGCACAGAAUCAACACCAGUCUCAAGCACCGUAUUCACAGCCUACUCAGCGCAUCAUGAGAGUUUUAUCACCACAAUUAGUAAAACUUGAUGAUGGAUCUGCGGAACGAGACCUACCAUCACUUAAUAGAAAUUUCCAGAGUCAGGACGGUCAACCAAAAACUAGGAUAAUACCAAUUCAAGUCGAGGGAUGCAAUGGUGGCGGAAACAAAAGAGUAUACUACCACAAGAUAGCUCGAGAGGAACCGCAGCGCCAGUCCAAAUCUUUUAAAGUCCAUCAGGUCGUAAAUAGAACAGGGUCCGAUGAUAUACAAAUAAUCGAAGAUAGGAAAGGCUAUACGGACUUAUAACAUCUACCACAGAGAUUAAGUUUUACAUUAAAUAAUAGUUUUUUUUAAAUUUAUGAACGAUCUUAGAUCGCGCCCCAGUAAGAUGUACAACUAAGAUUUUCCUUUAGAUUUUUGAAACACUUAUACGCAGUGACGAUACAUUUGAAGCUAAACAGUUUAUUGAAAUAUUAAAUAUGUAUAGGCUUGGGGUGUAUAUAUAACACCUAAUAAUUAUAAAUAUAUUAAGUAUAUAGAUUACGAAAGGUUUUAAAAUAGAUAAAGGCCCUAAACGCAUCGAUGUAACGUGCGAGAUGACAAACGUUGAUUUGUUAUCUUUUUAAAUAAGAAUACUCACAAGUAGAGUAUCAUCUUGAGUUGCGUUUCAGAAUACAAGCCUACUUUUUGAUGGUUUUAAUGAAAUAGGUUAUGGAGUCAUUGAAAUCUUAUAUGCGGGAAAAUGCGAGCUUGCUUAGUUUUAAUUUUAUAACUGUAAGUUAUAUGUACUAUAUAUUUAGAUAGCUUAUAUUUUAUUAUUCAAAUAAACUUUUAAGUAUCUUAAUUAAUUAUAAAUUAAACGCUCGUGUUUUGUGAUCUUACUAAUCGUAAAAUAAGUAAAAACGGCUGAAACACCAAAGAAUAUUAUUUUAAUGCAUAUUAUAUUUUAAAGAUAAAUUAUAAAUUUAUUAAUUAGUUAUUAACAUUGAUAGAAUUUAGGUAAAUUAUUUGGUAACAUUUUUUACUUUUAAUACAUAGUAUCAACAUUUCUCCAACACAUCUUGCACUCUUCCUAUAUUUUCGAAUCUAUAUAAUCAACCUAAUUAAAUUAUAUAAAUCAUCAUAUAAUCUCAGUAUACAAGUCCGCACUUUUAAUAUUCAUAUUUUCAUUUAUUGUUACUAAUAUUAUCAAAAAACUGUCGUUUGGCCAGAGACCUUUAAUUUUUAAAAAGAAAUCCAAUUAACAAAAUUUUGGAAUUUGAAAAAUUUCAACGUAACGUUCUGGUUUUGGUUUGAGUUACUAAAAUAAGGAAUUAUAACAUUAUUCUUGGGAAAUGCAUGAUACAUACUUCUAAAAUUAUCUUUUUAACUGUCUGAAAUUUUAUCUAAAGUAGAUCGUCUUGUUGGAAGACUAACUAUAAAAGUAGUAAAAAAAAAACUAUUUUUAAUUCUUAAAACACAUAUAUAUGAUUGUAGUUAUAUUAAGGCAUGCAUGAUAAUCAGCGCAAGAAUUGUUGAAUUUCAAGAAUAAUGUCAUAAUUUCACAAUAGUUAUAAACAGACAAAGGGUGUGGCAAUCUAGUCAGUGUGAUCUUUUUCUAAGUAUUUUAAAUCUAUUUAUUAUUUAAGAUAACUCGGUAAGAACGAACUAUUAUUAAAACAAUAAACCCAAA